AUGUUUCCUGUUAGUCGGAAUAUAUUGCGUAAUUCCAACAGGAUUCUACAUUAUAAUCCCCAUAAUCAACAACUAAUAAGGUCAAUGACAACUUCAGAAACAAGUCAAUUACUUUCAAUUAAACAAUGCUCAGAAUUACCGAAAGCUAAAUUACCAGAAUAUAUUAAAUCAUCAACAAGUAGAUUAUAUAAUGUUAUAUGGAGGGGAUCACCACCAGCAAAUGUAUAUAUUGCUAAAAAGCCAUGGGAACCUUCAGUACAUUCAGCAAUGAUUGAAUUUAUAAAUCAUUUACAUAAAGAAUAUCCAUCAAUUAAUAUUAUAGUUAAUCAAGAAGUUGCCGAUGAAUUAAUUGAAGAAUAUGAAGAUCCUGAAGAAACUUCAAAAUUUGACCCAACCAUUAAUCAUGUUAUUUAUACCGGCAAAAAUGAAGAUAUUGUUGAUAAAACUGAAUUAAUGGUAACGUUAGGUGGUGAUGGUACAAUUUUACAUGGAGUUAGUUUAUUUCUGAAUGUUAUCGUACCUCCUGUUUUAUCAUUUGCUAUGGGAACUUUGGGAUUUUUAUUACCAUUUAAUUUCAAGAAUUUUAAACUAAGUUUUAAAGAAGUUUAUGAAAGUAGAAGUAAAGCAUUACAUAGAAAUAGAUUGGAAUGUCAUGUGAUUCGGAAGAAUGGAUAUGAUAGUGAUGGAGAAGAAUCAAAACUUCCUAGAAAGAAAUUUAAACUGGAAGAAGGAAGUACUGUUAAUGUUGAUAAUACUAAAACUAAAGAAAUGGUUCAUGCUAUGAAUGAUGUUACAAUUCAUAGAGCAAGUUUACCUAAUUUAACGUCAUUGGAUAUUUAUAUUGAUAAUGAAUUUUUCACCACCACAUUUGCUGAUGGAGUUAUUUUGGCUACACCAACUGGAUCAACAGCAUAUUCAUUAUCAGCGGGUGGUUCUAUUACUCAUCCCGCAGUUCCAUGUAUUUUAUUAACCCCAAUUUGUCCUAGAUCGUUAUCAUUUAGACCUUUGAUACUACCUAGUCUGUCGGAUAUUAUGAUUAAAUUAUCGGAAAAUAAUAGAAACAACAUGAUUGAAUUAACUAUAGAUGGUAUUGCUCAAGCUGAUUUACAUCCAGGUGAUGAAUUACAUAUUACAUCAGAAGAUAUUAUUCCAGGAACCGAUAUUUCAAAAUCAGGCAGUAAAAAUGGAAUUUGGUGUGUUGCAACACAUCAAAAUCAAUGGGCUAAAGAUUUGAAUAGUUUAUUGGGAUUCAAUAGUCUGUUUAGAGAUCAAAAGGGUAAGAAGUUACAUUUAUAG